AUGCGUCCCCUGACCAAAAAGCCGCAGUGUGAGGGCCGUAGCUGGGGGUGGAGGUUAGUGGCUAGCUCGCCCCGGUUCUGGAAGGCUGGUGGUGACUACAGAGACCGGCUCAUGUCCACUCAGCGACACCAGGGCUGGACCUAUGCCUGUCACAGAGAGAGAGAGAGCGGAGCCGACUGUGCUCUGUCUCCCGCUACGACACCGGGCUGGCUUCCGGUCCCAUCCUGGCUUCAAAAUAAAACAGCGAGAUCAGUGGUUCCCGACCUUUUUUAG